CGCUCGAUUAAAAACAACGAAGCCCAUAUAAUUAAUUAGAAUACACUGCAUUCAGAAGUGGAUCGGGUUCAGUCCGUGAAAGUACGCGUGCGAGUGCGGAUCUGUGAGAGACGAUUGGGUUCAAGUGGAACCCCGCUCGAGUGCGUUUGCUUUGCAUCGAAUUUACGGUGCUCCCACUGACUGGAGAACGCGAGAAGCUUUGGUGAAAUUGUUGCGUGAUUGACCUUUGCUGGGGUGGAUCGUUUGCCGGCGAUAAGAACAAGGUUCAGCAGUUGACGACGACGACAUCGGCGACAACAGUCAUGUCGGAGAAGUUAGCCGGUGCACCUGCACUGAUUACAACGAUCGCCAACAAGUAUCCCACGUUUCGGGACGAACCGUUGAAGACGGUUUACCGUUGGCUGGAGGGUAAACGUCACGACGAUGGAGCCGAGGGACUAUGGCGGAUUCACGACACGCUGUACGACUUGACGGAUUUUAUCGACCGGCAUCCGGGUGGGGCCGAGUGGCUUCGACUGACUAAGGGAACUGACAUCACCGAAGCGUUCGAAACGCAUCACAUUACCACACGGGCCGAGAACCUGCUACCGAAGUUCAAAGUUCGAGAAGCCAAACAGCCACGGAAUGUGAAGCUCACCUUCAAGGAGGAUGGAUUCUAUCGGACGUUGAAACGCCGAGUGCGGGACAAGCUGCCGGAGGUCGAUAAUACUCCGAUUCAAAAAUCUCGGCUCAUUAUCGACUCACUGCUCGGGAGUGCGUUUGUGUUUGCCUUCUUGGCCAUCAAAUUCAACAGCUAUCUGCUGGCGGUGGCCAGUGGGCUGUUCGUCAACUGGACCAUGAUCUGUGCGCACAACUAUUUCCACCAGAAGGACAACUGGCGGAUGAAGCUGUUCAAUUUGGCGUUUUUCAGCUAUCGGGAAUGGCGCGUAUCGCAUGCAAUAUCGCACCAUCACUAUCCGAACUCGAUCCUUGAUUUGGAGAUUUCCUACUUUGAACCUAUGUUAUGUUGGUUACCAAAUCCUGACAUCAAGGGCACAUUCCAGCGUUAUGGUUCCUGGAUCUAUGGACCCAUCGUUUACUCGUUCAUAUUCAUGGGAGAGUUUUUGAAAAGAGUAAUCGAAACGAUCCAGACUGGGAAGUGCACCUUCUUCGCGGAUGAUUUGAUCACGUUCAUUUUGCCAACCUUCAUGUACCUGAGCGAUUCCACCAGUUUGGGCGCAGUGCUGAAGAUGUGGAUCUUCAUCGUGAUGGUUGCCAGCUUUGGAUUCGGUGUAAUCGGACUGAAUGCCGCCCAUCAUCACCCGGAGGCAUUCCACUCGGGGGAUAAGCUACCUGACGAAAUCGACUUCGGAAUCUACCAGAUUGCGGCCGUCAUUGACCGGGCUGACGUCAAGGGGUCACAAUUUGCCGUGUUGACCAGCUUUGGGGAUCACUGUUUACACCACAUGUUCCCGACGCUGGAUCACGGAAUACUGCCCCAGCUGUAUCCGGUGUUCCACCAAACAUGCGCAGAGUUCGAAACGACUUAUCGUGAAUGCUCGUGGUUGCAUCACAUUGUCGGUCAACACUGGCAGUUGGCCAGAGUCGAGACGAACGUGUACGAUCCCAACAAGAAAUUGCACUAGUCAAAAUUUAGGGGAAACGUAGUGCCAAAGAAAUUAUUUAAGUUCAUGUGAAAACAUUUUUGAUAGAAAAUUGAAGCAACUUAACCAAAUGUAGUGAUGUAGGGUUACACAUGAGCUGUAGAAUUAUACUGAAUUUGAUAUUUUUUUAACCAGUGAAAAAAAAAAAAAUGUUAUUUUAUUAAAAUAUUAUCUUUUUAAAA